AUGGUGGAUGUAGAUGUGAUGAGUGAUGGAGAUGGGCUGGAUAUGGCAGAUAUGGACUACAUUACACAACAAAUUACAGAGUUGAGGAAAUCAGGUUACACUGAUGUAGACAUUAUGAGAUGCCUUGGAAUUACAAAAGCUCAUUUAGAAGAGUUUGGAUAUGUAGCUGCCAAUGUUGAAGGUGGACUGGAAGGAGGUGGACAGGGUAAUGAAGAAGAAGGACAUAGACAAGGAGAUGGAGUGGGAGGAGGUGGAGAUGGACAAUGUAAUGAAGAAGAAGAAGGAUAUGGGCAAGGAGAUGGAGUGGAAGAGUUGAGAUGGACAAUAAGGAGAAGGAGAUGGAGAAGAAGAAGAUGGAGAAGAAGAGAUGAGAGAAGGAGAUUGGAGAAGUGGAUGAAGUGGAAGGAGUUGAAGCUGAAGAUGUUCAGGAAUGAUGAAAGGUGGAGAAGGAGUUGA